GGUCGCCUGAACCCCCAAAACCUCCCGUUUCAAAAUCGGAACAUCACCUAAUUCAGUCUUUGGAAAUCCGAUCGACAGUGGGGGAGACAAUCGGAGGAAAUGUCGGGCUUCCAAGUUCCUUCUUCUUCCUCCUCUGUUCAAUCCUCAUCUUCAUCUCCAUUCGCAUUUGGAUCGUCCACCACCAGCACUGGUUCUGGAUUCUCGUUCGGGUCCUCCCCUUUCUCCUCCUCAAACCCUAGCUCCUCUGCCCCUUUCUCCUUGUCGUCGUUCAACACAUCCUCCUCUGCAGUCCCCUCAAGUCCUAGCAUCGGACUAUUCAACUCUUCUUCAGCCUCUCCGUCCUCUUCCUUUUCUUUUGGGGUUAGCUCCGGGCAGUCUGCAUCCAGUUUUACUUCGUCUCUGUUUGGUUCAUCUUUAUCCUCCUCAAGUUCCGCCGCAGCUACUUCAGUGUCAAGUUCGCCUUCGCCAUUGUUUAGUGCAUCGACAUCCUCUUCGCCCUUGUUUGGUGCUGCUUCAUCUGCAGCGAGUUCAGGCUCACCCCUGUUUGGAGCGUCAUCAUCUAGUACAACUACGUCGCCUCUGUUCGGGACAGCUUCUUCUGCUGCGACUUCCGGUCAGUUCCUCUUUGGCGUGUCUUCAUCCGCGGGGAGUACGGGCUCAUCUUUAUUCGGGGCGCCUUCAUCCGCGGCGAGUUCUGCUUCCCCUUUACUAGGUACGGCUGUGACUUCAUCCCUGUUUGGGGCUUCUUCUACUGCUGCAAGUUCUGGCACAUCCUUGUUUGGGGCAUCUUCUACCGCUGCAAGUUCUGGCCCAUCCUUGUUUGGGGCAUCUUCUACCGCUGCAAGUUCUGGCCCAUCCUUGUUUGUUGCAUCUUCGUCGACUGCAACUUCUGGAUCAUCUUUGUUUGGGGCAACAGGAGCUCCCCCUGUAUUUUCAUCUUCAGCAGCAACAACUACUAGCAGUCUGUUUGGGUCCUCCGUUUCUGCUUCAUCUUCUACUGCUUCUACAACUGCUGCUACUGCCUCUUUCCCAAACUUGCUCUCAUCAAGCUCAGUUUCAAAUUCAAGCUUUGCUUCUCCGGCUGCUACAGGAUUCUCUUUUGCGGGCACUUCUGCAUUUUUGAAGAGCACUUCAACUUCAACAUCAACAACUGCCUCUCCUGCAGCUUCUAUUUCCUCUACGGGCUUCUCAUUUUUAUCACCAUCAUCUUCAGCUUCGCAACCUUCCUCUGCUCUCAGCAAUGCAGCUUCUUCUGCAGCUGCUACGGUGUCAAGCACUCCUGCGACAUCAUCAUCAUUGUUUUCCACGACUACAAGUGCUUUCACAGCUGCUGCUCCUACUACAAGUGCUUCUUCUGCGUCUUCAGCACCGGCUUUCCCUACUUUUAGCCUGAGUUCCUCUUCUGCUGCUCCUACAGCUUCACUGGCUGCUCCAGCUAGUUCAGCUCCUUCAUCUAGCACAGUGACUUCUUUUACUGGUAUCAGCACAACUGCUUCAUCGGUUUCAUCUGGAAGUACUAGUUCUUUCACUGGCUUUUCCUUGUCAACUAAAACAGCAGCUCCCACUUCAUCCUUCCAAGCACAAUCAACUACUGCCCCUGUAUUCAGCCUAUCGACUCCCAGUUCUGCAGCUUCAGGAACUUCAACGUCCAUUACUACUGCUCCCCAGACAACAUCAUCUCUUGUUGUUGCUUCAAGCAGUGGAACAAGUUCAAGUAUUUCAGCUGCAGUAUCUGCUACACCGAAGUUGCCUUCAGAGAUAACAGGGAAGACUGUUGAGGAGAUCAUCAAGGAAUGGAAUGCUGAGCUUCAAGAGCGCACUGGAAAAUUCCGGAAGCAGGCUGCUGCAAUAGCUGAGUGGGAUAGGCGGAUCUUGCACAAUCGUGAUGUUCUUCUUAGGCUUGAGAUUGAAGUGGCAAAAGUGGUCGAGACCCAAGUGAGCUUGGAGCGCCAACUAGAGUUAAUUGAGACUCACCAACAAGAGGUUGACAAGGCCUUGCAAAGUAUAGAAGGAGAGGCUGAGCGUAUUUACAAUGAUGAGCGAGGGUUGCUUCUUGAUGAUGAAGCUGCAUCAACAAGAGAUGCAAUGUAUGAGCAAGCAGAAUUUAUAGAGAGAGAAUUGGAGCAGAUGACAGAACAGAUCAAAUCCAUUAUCCAAAACUUAAAUGCCAGUCAGGGUGGGGACCUAGAUGCAAUUGAUGGAAUGACUCCAUUAGAUGUGGUUGUCAAAAUCUUGAACAAUCAGCUGAGUUCUUUAAUGUGGAUUGAUGAGAAGGCUGAGGAAUUCUCAUCACGAAUUCAAAAACUUGCCGACCAUGGAUCUGCAGCAGAUCGCGAAUUAAUGGCUCCAAGAUUUUGGAUGUCUUAAUCCUUGAUUGUACCAAGUUUGGAUCACUUCAAAGUUGCCUUUUGAGUUUUAACGAACACAGGAAAAUGAAUGGAUAUCCAUGUGAUGUACAUUUGUUUGACCGAACAUUUUAUUUGUGGGAAUGAUAUGCAAGAAGUUUAAUUUUUUGAUGAAUUGCAAGAACAAAUUUUGAGAUACUCA